AAACAACGUGUGAGGCUGGCCACACUCUAAGCAGUCGAAAAAAUAUGUAUACAAUUAAAUGAAUAUACGAUGAGUUGUUGUUAAUUAACCAGCAAUAUGAAUAAUUGCAUUGUUGAGGUGGAGUACGAAUAUGUUGUAUUAAAAAUAAACGGUUACGAUAUUACCCAUUUGCCGAGGUAUGAAGCGGUUCAAAAGUUCCUUCAAGCCAAAGAAACCCUAGUAGUUGAAUUGUGCAGACAGAAGCACAAUGAAUUAGAUUUAGGAUUACAACAAGACGUCAACGCUAAACUAUCAGAAGUGGAGAAAACCGUUCCAAAUGCUUUGCAAUCAAUCACAAGCGAAUCAGAUUUAUCUGCCUUAAUUGAAAAUCCAGCCGAAGCAGCGUCUACAACAACUGCAAGUGCCUCUCAGCCAGUAAAUGCCACGUCAAUAAUUCCUGCAACUUUGGAUGUAACGGCAACAAAAAGUCCUGUAAUUUUAACUCUUCGUGCUUUAAGCCAUGAAGAACGUUUGGGCAAUUCCACAGAUUUGGCCGCGACGAAGGAAACGCAAACGCAACCUUCCAACGACACAGAUGUUUUGAGCAAUCACGAUUUUGUUCAGACUAUAACCAACCACUUCAUCGAGCAGGAACACCACUUGUUUGAACAAUGCCUUGAACCGGAAAUCGAUAUUGAGGAAGUGACCCUUAUGAAAGCGGUUGAAAAUUCGACGAACAAUCAAAUCGGGCUGAUUAUUUGCUCAUCCGGAUUUCAGUCGUCAAGCAUCGAAACGAAUAAAGGUGAUAUACUGUGCAAUGAAACAGAACACUGCGAGGAUGUGUUUAUCAGUGGCAUUCAACCGGAAAGUAUAGCUCAUAGAGAUGGGCGCCUACGACAGGGUGAUCAAAUUCUUCGUAUUAACGGUGUGGAUGUUAAAAACCAGGAGGAGGUGGAAAAUCAGAUAGCGGAGAGUAGCACCGCAGUAACGCUCCUAGUUAGUCGAAUUCUAUACCCUGAAGACGAGGAUGACGAAGACAUUAAUUUUGAAUAUGCAAAUACAUUUAUAUCAGAUGACUACACAAAUGUAGUGGAUAAAUUGGAUAAAGUAUUAUUAAGCCACGUACAGUCUUUUGAGGAACUAUCCAAUGAAACGGGCGAGCAUUCACCAGACUUAAAAGUUCAAACAUCUUCUCUACCAAAAAAAAUGGUUGACCAAUCUAGCAAGAUGUUUGGUAAAUUAAAGCUUCGUCCAGAUGCCAGUUUUGAUAAUCGAAAAACUGAAAACCAAUCUUUAAGCGAUAAUCAAGUUCAUCUCCAACAUGAGUACGACGAAAGCGAGCACAUUUACGAGACUAUUCCAGAAGAUUCUGAGUCUGAACCACUUUACUGUUCCCCUUAUCAAAGUUCAAACGGCAAGGCGUCAUUAGGCUGUUUCCCAUCCGCACUAACGACGACUCCGGGAGAAGUAUUAGAAACGACAAUGCAGCAACAAACUCAGCGUGUUGCUCAAUGGUUAGGUUUAAAGCCGCAAUAUCCGAGAACAAUACACACGCUAGUUGGACGUCCCCCGCCACUAAAAUUAACCCAACAACCAACUUGCAGUCGUGUUUUUACAUUACGCAGCACAUUGACAAACACAAGCCGAUCCAGCAGUAGUGGAGUUGCAUACAGUGCCUAUGGACCAAAUAAUGUUCUUGCUGCAAGCGUGGCUCUUGGCGAAGAGGUUGAUAACUCCUCAAGUGCCUACAACACUGGUGGCUCAAACAAUAGCGCCUCCCCGCAUCAAAAUACUACAAAUGCUGAUGAAGAUAACACUGUUAACCACAAGCUAGAGAGCAGAGUGAUCGAUGGCCGCAGAGAAGCUUUGGAUACAACUGCUGUAAGCAGUAUGCUGCUGUUACCUUUUGGUAAAUCUGGUCGAAUUGGUCUCUGUUCUUCAAAUAUGCCAACAGCGUAUGUCAACGAGAAACAAGGCAAGGCAACCUACGAAAGUGAAAUUCAAGUUAAAAGCGACCAUAACGUAUUAGGUGUCAAAGAAACUGAGGAAUCAUAUAGCCAUUGUCCCCAGUUUAAUGCACCAAAUUUGAGUAGCUACCACUUCGUAAGUAGUCAAGAGGUUGCAAACCGAUGCCAUGAUUCCACAAUUUCAAAACAAAAUUCUACGUUGCUUAACGGUGAAAAUAGUGAAGAAAUACCAAUGGUUUGGAAAGUUAAGAGACGCCCAGAUGGAACGCGAUACAUUGUAAAGCGACCAGUACGUAAUCGUCCCCAAGUUUCUGUUCGAAAAAAUAUGCGCUGCAACGAGCUUACGACAACGGAGGACGAUACAGUAUCUGAAGUAAAAAUUGGUCGUUAUUGGACAAAGGAAGAACGAAAGCGACACAUUGAACGAGCUCGAGAGAGGCGACACCAUCAGACACAGCAACAUCAGCUACAGUAACAUUUUCCUCUUAUACCAUUUAAGUAUUAUACGGCUUUACAAGAGUUUUCGAAAAAAAACAAAUUCGUUUAUAAAUUUUUUUAGUCGCUAUCGCAAAAGUUUUAAAAUUUGUUUAGUUGCCAUGACUAGCGAAAAUUAAAGAGAUUUAAGAUUUACAGUUUUAGGAUAGGUCCACGCUAGUGCAUAAUCAAGAUUUGUAAAAAUAUCCUAAAAAUGUGUGCUUAAUCGAAAUGUAGCUUUGAUAUGUAUAUUUUUUUUCGUUUUCAAUGGAACAUUUCCAUGAUCUAAGUUUUGGCUAUCUUUGGCAAUUCACAUAAAGAUUUUUAAUGAGAAAUGUUGUCAAGGGUCUUUCCACAUAUAUGUUUUGUUGUUAAUUGUUCCUAUAAUAGUUAUUUGUAAGAGUAACCCCAUCCAUGCAUACAGUCUUCGUUAAUGCUGAAGAAUUAUGUACAGCAUAUAAAUACAUAUUACGUAAUUUUAGAAAAUAUUUUAUGUAAGCUUUAACAUAAUAAUGGGAGUUUUUCUAAGGUAAUUUAAUAUUGUUUAUUUAAAAUAAAGGAUGGACAUAAA